AUGGCUGCCGAUCAGAUCUACGAUAUCCGAGAGCUUCCUCAGGACCCCCGGAUUCUUUCGCGACAGAAAUACCGAAAUUAUCUUUACUAUGUAGCGCAAUCUGCCAUUUGGAUCGGCAAUGCCUAUGUUGUCCUACGCAUUUUGUCAAUCUUGCUUUCUCCGCAAACAUGGCAGAUGUGGGCAAUGUUCCUCAUCGAGGCUAUUUUUAUUCAUCUAUCACGAAAGGAUCAGCUCCUAGUCAUCGUGGCGUCCAAAGUCAAAGAGAAUGGCCCGCGCAAGAGACUACGCGUGCAUGGGACUAAAGACCUUCCCCGCGUGGAUGUGCUUUUACCUUGCUGUGGUGAAGACGUGGACGUUAUCAUGGCCACAGUACGCGCUGCCUGCGCCCUUGACUAUCCAACCUCCUGCUUCCGCGUCCUGGUGCUGGACGAUGGUGGAUCAGCAGCCUUGAAGCAAGCAGUGUCAGAUCUUCAAUCUCAAUGCAUUCAUGUCUCAUAUCAUUCCCGCGGCAGACAGUCCGGUAUGGUAUUUGCCAAAUCAGGCAAUAUGAAUUACGCCUUGACCACGCUGCAAAAAGAAGACCCGCCUGAGUUUUGUGCGAUCCUCGAUGCGGACUCUGUUCCAUCUCCGGACUUCCUUCGGGCAACCUUGCCUCACCUACUGCAAAGCCCAGACGCCGCUCUGGUUUCUACUCGUCAAUAUUUCUCUAAUCUACCAAAUGGUGAUCCUCUUUCCCAGACUAGGAGUCACUUCUACACUUGCCAGAACGCUGCAUUGGAUGUCCUCGGUCUCGCAAUUGACGCGGGCUCAGGGGCAGUCUUCAGACGGAGCGCAAUCGUGCAUGUUGGCCUGUACCCAACAUUCUCCUUCUCUGAGGACUGGCAGCUGUCCCAGAUCUUGCAUGGCAUGGGCUGGCGCACGUUUCAAGUUCAGGAGCCUCUGCAGUUCGGUUUGGUUCCCGAUUCGCUGACAGGCCACUGCGCUCAGCGAAACCGAUGGAAUAUUGGACACGCCCAGCAAAUUCCUGCUAUGCUUUCAUCGGCAUACAAACACUAUACGAAGUCUUUACGAUGGAGUAUCAUCUGUGAUGGGUUCGGAAUUGUAGCUGGAGAAGCUGAAUGUUUCUUCGGCUUUCUUGCAGUCCCGUUGCUCUUUUUGUCAGGGCAACUCAUCCCGACAGCCCACCCUUCUCUAGUAAAGGCUCAGAUUCUCAUGUCCAUCUGUCAAGUCGCAGUCAUGUGGAUAUAUGAAUACCUUCAGGCUGCGAUUAAUGAUUUCCAGAGUGCACCAUUUGCCCAUCUGGAAAACAAAUGGUUGGCCGGCCCGAACAUCCUCGCAAUCUUGCGAUUUUACCUUGUCUCCGCCAAGCCCAAAGGGUCUUCCUUCGUGACUGGAAGCGUCCUCAAUUCUUGGAACCAGCACGCCCUAUCAGCCUGCAAAAAAUUGUAUCUGGAUCUCUGGAAGAAUGGUGUCUUUUACAAUUUGGUGUUACUGGUAGCUACCGUCUGGGCUGUUUCUCACGCGAUAACAUCCGUGAUGGUAGGAGAGGAGGGGCGCACAAUUACCAGCUUGAUGACUGGCAUCGCCUUCCCACCUUUGGUGCACAUCUGCUACUUGACGUUGAUGGUCAACUGGGUUCCGGUCGCUUACAUCCUGAAGCCCCCUCACUACCCUAACCGCCCCUCCCAUCCCAUGGAGAAGGACGGAAAGUCAACAUCUCGGCUGCGAGCCAAGAGUGACGCUGCUUCGGAUUUCAAAUGGGCUGCCGCAGGCAAGGUGGGAAAGGAAAUCCUGCAUUUGGGAACUAGGUUGGAAAUCCAAGAGCGUCCUGAGCUCUAG